AUGGGCCGCCGCCGCACUCGUCUGAGGGUGCAUCAUGCACGCAAUCGCCUACAUCAGUUUUUGGCGUUGUGGGUAAAGCAUCCCGCCACGAGAGCUGCUCAUUGGCAGAAGGCUUCACGCCAAUCCAUGGUUAAUUUUGGACUGUCGACUCACGAGUUGCGAAUACGCCGUUCACGGUUCAAGCCAGACUGCUUGUGCUGGAAGGAUAGUACCACAUAUAUCGAUACGAGACGCAGACGCCACGGCCAUGACCGGCGUUGACCUAUUCGAUUUGAGGAAUCUUCCGUAUCUCUUGCGACAGGGCCAAACUUUGGCUCGACGAAUGAUAUUGCCAUCGUGAAUCUUGAGAAGCUGUCGGCCCGUUACACUACUGUGUGGCUGAGUGGUUUUCCCAGCGGACGUCGGUGAUUACCACGCUGGAACCCCCCCACAACUUGAGAGAGAGAUUUUGCGAAUUCAAGAACUCUGGAGAGUCGCACGCGGCGAUACUACGGCUGAUGCGAACAUCCGCUUGGCCACCGAGUUGACGUACACAGACGACAGAUAGCGCGAUGGCUUUUCGAGACGGUCUGGAUACUGUUUGGCAAGCACGGCUUUGGGCAUGGGACUUUUCCAUCUGGUACGCAUAUGAUAUUGCGUGAUUCCCCGUUCAUUGGUCAGUAGUACUUUUCGUUUCCCGUUCCCGACGGCGCCGUCGAUAAAGUUCUGGUCCGGUUAUUCUACUCCGGGUGCAAGCAUUAUUCAAGAUAGCCCGACAAUGACGACGAGCGCCGCAUCGGUCCGCGAGACGGCGAAAGGGGUCGGUUAUGGCAGCUAUUCGAGAUUGCUCUUUGGCCACAACAGCCCACACACAACUCAGCCAAGAUGAGUAUCAUCAACAGCAAGUUUUGUGUGCUUCUUCUUUGCUUUGCUGCGGGCAAGGACGGAACCUUUCAUUUUCUGGAGGUGUCCAAUGGGCUGCCUGCGUCAUGGUCC